AUAUUAUUCUCAAAUAAUUUUUAUAAUUUUUGUAAAUAGGCGAAAUAAAAAAAUAAAUAUAAUUAUUUAUUUGAAAAUAAAUUUAUAAAUAAUUUCAUUGAUUUACUAUUAAAAAUGGAAAAUUAAGAUAUUUUCAGCUGCUUAAAAAUGGUAUAAAACUCCUUAAAUUAUAGUUUAAUUGAGAAUUUAUAAAAAUUGCAAGACAAUAAAAUAGAAUAAAAUUUUGAGAGUUAAUUGUGCUUCAUUGAAACUUUCAAAGAAUAAAUUAUUAAUGAAAUAUGUUAAGUUACAAAUCUUUUAAUAUGUAAGCUUCAAAGCCCUAAAAAAUCAAAUAAAAAUGAGCAACUUAAAAGCAUAAAAUAGGAUUAGUAAAAUUAAGAAUAAGUAUAGACUAAAUAAUGUGUUCACACCUUAAGUAAGCCAUAAGAAUAACCUGAAUAAUAAUAAGUGAUUUUACUCUCAUGUGAAGAGGAAGAUUAAAGUGAAUAUGAUAUAAAAACACAUCAAAAAAAAAGGAAAGAUAUUAUUUUAAAAAGAGAAAAUAUUUAAAAGACAAUCUAUCAACAAUUUUUAAAUUCUUAUGAUCCCAUCAAAAGAAACAAAAGUUAAAUAAUUUAUUAUAUAUCUGAAUAGACUGGAUGGUCAGUAUCUACAAUAUAAAAUAUCAUCAGAAAAUUUGAAUUUAAAAAAGUUAAUCCAAUAAUCUACAAAAAUCAGACCAAAAUUUUAGAAUUUAUGCAAAAAUCAUAAGAACAAGGAUAACUGGGAAAGAGAAAGUCUUUAUAAAAUAAUGAUUAAGAUUGUGAUUUAAACUAUUUGGACUCAACAGGCGAAAAAACUUCUAAAUUAUUAAAUUCAGGAUAUUCUAUCACUCUGUAAACCAAAAAAAUAAUAAAAUAAGAAUACAUUGAAAAAAGUAGGCUUAUCGACACUUAACAAUGA